UCUCUCUCCUUUUUGCUCGAUACAAAAAGGAGUUCAAGAAACCAAAGACGCCCCCCGCAAACCUCAUCUUUGCCCAAAUCCCACCACCCAUCUCACCACUCCUCUUAUGUCUCUGCCUAGUAACAAAGCUCUCCUCCUCCUCUCCCUCUCCCUCUCCCUCUCCCUCUCCCUCCUCUUCUCCGUCUACGUCUCCUCCGCCGCCGUCGCCAAUGGCGGCGCCACCACGGCCGCGGUCGACCCGGGACAAUUCAAGGAGGCCCCGGAAUUCUACAACUCCCCAGCCUGCCCUUCCCUCCUCAACACCUCCAGCGACAGCUACAGCGACGAUGAUGGUGAUGGCGGCCGUGGCGGCGGCGGCGGCGGCGGCGGGGACGAUGAUUUGAUCUGCUCGGAGACGGCGGUCCACGUGGCGAUGACCCUGGACGCCGCCUACAUCCGGGGCUCCAUGGCGGCCAUCCUCUCCGUCCUCCAGCACUCCACGUGCCCCCAGAACGUGAUCUUCCACUUCGUCUACUCGGCCACCGCCUCCGACGCGUCCCUCCUCCGCGCCACCGUCUCCUCCUCCUUCCCUUACCUCCGCUUCCAGCUCCACCCUUUCGACGCCUCCGCCGUCUCCGGGCUCAUCUCCACCUCCAUCCGCUCCGCCCUCGACUGCCCCCUCAACUACGCCCGCUCCUACCUCGCCAACCUCCUCCCCCUCUGCGUCCGCCGCGUCGUCUACCUCGACUCCGACCUCGUCCUCGUCGACGACAUCGCCUCCCUCGCCGCCACCCCGCUCGACCCCGGCUCCGCCGUCCUCGCCGCCCCGGAGUACUGCAACGCCAACUUCACCUCCUACUUCACCCCCACCUUCUGGUCCAGCCCCUCCCUCCCCCUCACCUUCGCGGGCCGCCGCGGCCCGCCCUGCUACUUCAACACCGGCGUCAUGGUCAUCGACCUCGACCGGUGGCGCGCCGGCGGGUACACGGCCAAGAUCGAGGAGUGGAUGGAGCUCCAGAAGCGGAUGCGGAUCUACGAGCUCGGGUCGCUCCCGCCCUUCCUGCUGGUGUUCGCCGGGGCGAUCGCGCCGGUGGACCACCGGUGGAACCAGCACGGCCUCGGUGGCGACAACUUCCGGGGCCUGUGCCGGGACCUGCACCCCGGCCCGGUCAGCCUCCUGCAUUGGAGCGGCAAAGGGAAGCCGUGGGCGCGGCUCGACGCCAACCGGCCGUGCCCGUUGGACGCCUUAUGGGCUCCUUACGAUCUCUUGCGCACUCCCUUCGCGCUGGACUCCUGAUCCAGAGCAGGAAAACCUCCACUUCGGGCCGACGCCGAAGCGCCGCGAGCUCGAGCCCCGGUCGACGAUGAGGUCAUCGGAGCUCGUGUAGAUAACGCAUGCACACUCUCUUCGGAGAUGCAGGUGGGUGUGCAAUUCCAUAACUUUUGGGACACUUCCGGCCGAUGGACCGACGGCGGUGUCACUUAAUCGGCAUCCUAUAGUUUGAUUAGAGAUUAAAUAUGUUGGAACAAUAUGAAAUUUCACUUGUGACAAUAAGAGGGAGGUCCAGGAAAAUUUCUGGGAUCCUUUUGAUAUAUAUUUUUUUUGGAAAA